CGCAUUUAAUAAAGAAGUCGGCUCUGAAAGUUAAAAAACAAAUCAAAAUAAUAUUUUUUUGGAAAAAACAAGGUAAUUUGUAUGUAAUAAAAUAACCCCAAAAAACUAGGAUAAGAAGGGAAAAUGCACAUUCGGUUAAUCCCAAAAAUCAAAACUCGUCUUAUCCUAAUUACAGCGUUGAACAGAAACCGCUCUCGUCUCUCUCUCUAGAUGGCUCGUUCUCUAUCCCUUUCAUUUUCUCUCUCUAAAGGCCGCGUCACCGCAGCUGUAGCCUCUCUCCUCCCUUCAUCACACCUCGUUUCCUUCCGAUCUCAAUCCUCCCAUCGUCGGGCAAGCCACGGCGGCGAUCUUUACGAAAUCGACACCGCGGCCUCUCAAUCGCACUCGGAUCCUCUGAUCCAGAAGCUCGAGGACGCCGUUCACCGGAUAUUCGUCCGUCGAGCAGCACCUGAUUGGCUCCCGUUUGUUCCCGGUGCGUCGUAUUGGGUCCCGCCUCCCGGAUCUGGAUCGCAGUCUCACGGUAUCGCACAGCUCGUUGCGAAGCUGGCCAAUCCGUUAACAGACGAAGAAUCGCUCUCCACCAAUUCGUCUCACGGAUGGCCUUCCUCUGAUUAUUUCCUUAAAGGUGUACAACCACAAUUGAUGGAGGCUAAAACCGAGACGACCUCAAAUACUGAGUCUCACUCCGAGGAUGAGGAAGGGUAGAAGCUCGUUGAAUCUGCCGGCGUUUGGAUUGAAGUUUGCAGGCCCUUUUGGAUCUGUAGAUUUUGUCAAGGACACGGGUCGGGACAAUUCUGACGACCGAACCAAGUGCAAAGACGCCACCAUAUAGACGAGACGACCAGGUUUCUUUAGUAAUAUCCCCAAAUGUGUAAAAUUCGAAUAAGAAUAGGACUUGUAGCAUUUCCCUCUGAUUACGUUACAAUGCUGUUGUAUAUAUUUUUCUGUUAAUAAGUCUGUAUUUUUCUGAUCGUUUUGCUAUGUUUGGUUAAAUGUCGGAAACAUUUGCAUACCUCCUCCGAUACAAACUCUUUCUAACAGCUUUCUUGAUUGAUUAGUUCAAAACAUGUACUUCGAUUACAAACAUUCUAAUACAAAAGAUUUCAAAAUACA